ACAACACCCAGAGGUCAGUGCGACGAGGACGGAAUGGAUUAGACGCAUGCGCAGCAAUGAGCGCGGAAAGCCUGGGGCGGCUGGAGCGUCCGUAAGGAGGAAGAGGAAGAAUUGAAGACUUAUUGAAUGCAAGCAACUUCACAACAGACGAAUUUUGGUCUUGGAAGAAACAUAAUUGCCUUGAGUGCCAACCUUAUUGUGAAGACUUGCUCUUGAUAAUUUUCUCAGUGGUUUUAACAUGGCAGUGGCCUUGAAACAGGUGUUCAAUAAAGAUAAGACUUUUCGUCCAAAACGUAAAUUUGAGCCAGGCACACAGAGGUUUGAAUUGCACAAAAGGGCACAAGCAUCGCUGAAUGCUGGAUUAGAUCUGAAAUUGGCAGUGCAACUCCCUUCAAAUGAGGAUCUCAAUGACUGGGUUGCUGUACAUGUGGUAGAUUUUUUCAACCGUAUUAAUCUCAUUUAUGGAACUGUAUCAGAAUUCUGCACAAAUGACACAUGCCCAAUAAUGUCAGGAGGACCUCGAUAUGAAUACAGAUGGCAAGAUGAGAAUAAAUACAAAAAGCCUACUGCACUGUCAGCACCACAAUAUAUGAAUCUCCUUAUGGAUUGGAUUGAAACCCAAGUGAACAAUGAAAGCAUAUUUCCAACCAAUGUUGGUACCCCCUUUCCUAAGAAUUUUCUGCAAGUGUGCAAGAAGAUCCUUUCUCGCCUUUUCCGUGUUUUUGUCCACGUCUACAUCCACCACUUUGACCGGAUUGGCUUUAUGGGUGCAGAAGCGCACGUUAAUACUUGUUACAAGCAUUUUUACUACUUUGUUACAGAAUUCCAUCUAAUAGACAACAAAGAAUUAGUACCACUGGUACGUUGCUCUACAGAUAAUUUUAACAAUGAGAAGGAGAUGACUAUGCAAAUGUGCCAUUGAGAAAGGACCUGCUGACCACUUAUUGAAGAAGCUUUUUCAUUCACUUAUUGAAAUGGAUGUUCUUACACAAAAGAAAUCCACUUGAAAGAAAACUCUCUCCUGUUUCAAAUAAUGUUUAAAUGUGAAAGAUACAAAUUCCUAACAUGGAAUUUUCUAUAUCAAUAGAAAACUGUAAUGUUUGCAGAAAAUUCUAUAAGGUGAUGCAGCUACCUGGAGCAGUUAAUUGCUUAAAUUUUAUAACUACUCUAAAUUGCAUGAUAUUGUAGUUAUAUUGAUGCACAAAUGAAGAGAAAAUUAUAGCUUUUCUAUUUUAAUUAUUCUGCUGGAUAUAAAGAUUUAUUAACUUUUUGUAGUUAUUUGUGAGUGAAGCGCAUUUGAAUGUAUGAGAAAAGAUAAGGCACUAUUGAAACGAGCUAAUGUAAGUCUUUUUCCAUGCCUUUUAGAAAUGAAUAUUUCAAUUUAUUUACUUGCACAAUUCAUGUGCUGAUGUAAUGAAAGGGUCUGGCUGGUGCCAGAAAACCUUUGGCAGAAGCAAUUUGCAAUAUUCCAUGCAGAUUUCACUUCUCUGAAUAUCCUAAACAACUGGUUUAAUCAGAAAUUCCUUAUAAAAGAAUUAACCUGUGAUGGUACAAUCAGCAAUGCUGGCUUGCAGACAAGAAAAUCUGUAAAUGUAUGGUACAUAGAAUAUCACCGAACAAGAAAAUUGCUUGUUUUUUUUUUAGAAAAAAUCUUUUUAAAAAUGAAUGAUGUACUUUUUUAAACUAGUAUUUCUUUCUUAAAGCUUGACUGUUCAUAAAUACUGAAUACAAUGCAGUUUUCCUAGUUUCUGGGGGCACCUGUGGUGUAAAGAAAUUCUCUUUAAAUUGUUGUAUUUUAUAUUUUAUCUAUUUGUCUUCAUACAUUUCAUGAUGUGAUUAAAUCUCUUACAGUCUGAA